AUGCAUAAGAAAAAUGAAGAUGAAAUCACUGUGUCAUCUGACCGUCCGUUGGACAUCAAAGACUGGAAUGAAGACCAUGUGAGACAAUGGUUGCUCGAGAUAAAAGUGGACAAAGAAGGGGCUGACAUUUUGUAUAAUGAGAAAAUUAAUGGAGCUAGUCUCCUUCUCUUGGAGAUGUCUCACCUCACAGAACUACACCUGUCAAUGAAUGCAAAAAUACUGAUUAUUAACAAAAUAGAUCUUCUGAAACAAAAGAAUCAGCAGCAGAAUGACAUAGUGACUCAUUCUUAUAACUUAAAGCCUUACCCUUUCGGUAGAUUUAAUGCUGCUCACAGGUACAGAGAAAACAGCAUUCUAGACGUAACUGAAACCGGUCCUAAAGACUACAUACAACCAUGUCAUGAAUUCAAAGAAUUCAUCAACACAACAGAAGAGAAUAAAAUGAAAAAAUACACAUAUGAGGUCAUUCGAUUUGCAGCAGCUUGUAUGAAUAGUCGCACAAAUGGCACCAUUCAUUUCGGAGUGUUAGACACACCACAUGGACAAAUUGUGGGCAUUAGUAUGCAGAACACAGAUACUUUUGAUGUACAACAAUUACAUGCAAUCGAAAAACAUUUUAAAAGGGAUCAAAAGCAGGACGACAAGCAGGUUCAAAUAGCAAAGAGGUGCAUUAAACCCCCUCGAUUUGUGGAAGUUCUCAAAGCUGACAUGACAUCUACAGGAAAAUUUGUUAUUGAGGUAGAUAUUGAGCCAUCCUCCAUAGUCUGUGAUUGCAGUUACUUUAAUACUUAUAAUUUAGUCAUAGAACAGGAUUCAAUGCAAAAGUCCACAGCUGGAGAGAGUAAGAAGGAUUAUGGCAAGUCUUUUUUAAUAAGAAACAGCAGCACCUGCAAGAAUCUUAUUACAUCUGAUUCCUUGAAGGAAUAUGAGAAAUAUAUCAAAGACAUGCCACGUUUGUCCCAGUUGAGAAAGGAUGCUGAAGACAAGCAUCUCUUUUUGGUCAAAAGCAGCGUGCAAGGCUCUAAACUGUGUGAGAUGAUAACAGGAGGGACCCCAUCUUUGGACAGGUCACACUUUGAAUGGUACAUUGUGGUGGCUAACAAGUCUCAUCCUGUUCAGCUGGAAAACCUGCGGUUCCUUCUUCACAUGGAUCUAGUGGCAGUUUUGGAUUUUGAUCCAGAGUCGGCUGAAAGUGGCUUGAUUAAGCUGUUUGAAGAGAGAAAAACCAAUGUUCACUCACCAGCUCAUUAUAAAAUCACUGGUGCAGUUGAAGACAUAGCAAACAAGUUAAAGUUGACUAAAAAUACAAGCUGGGUAUUCUGUAAUGGAGGUAUUAAUGAGGAAAACCCCUCUGAUGCUGACAACUGGUUGAUUGAAAAGGGUUCUUCAGUGCGUGAUGUAGUUUCUUUCCUGUGCAGAAAAGAUGUGCUGCCUCACAAGAAAUUUCUCACCAUCUUCUUGAUAUUAAGUCAGGUGAGCAAUGCCAAUGAUCCUUUGCUUGCAACCUUUAGCAUGUUUUUACAGGAGCUCAAUGGAGGAAACCAAAUCCUAUGCAUCAUUGACAAUGAAACAUCAUACACUUACUGGAAGGAACUCAUUAAGGGUUGGUGUAGAGAAGACAUAUUGACAAGAUGCAUUUAUGAGCUAAGUUUUGCUGAGGUCAAUGGCACCGUGCUCAGUCUGUGGUCAGAAAAUCGCAAAUCAAGUCGCUUCCUACCUUGUGGUGGUGGCAGUAAUGUUGUGCUGUCAAAGAAAACUGAGGACGACUUAGAUAUGCUGCGUAUUCUUUGUGUGAACCAAUGUGAUGGAGGAAAUGAGGACAAACAACAUCAUGAGGAAAAAUUUUACAAGGGAGGGAAGGUGUCUUGGUGGAACUUUUACUUCUCAGAACAGCCUGGUUCAAUGCCAUUCAUCAAACGAGACAAAUUUGACUACAUCAUCAACACUAUCAUUCCAGACAUAUGCAGUCGGAAGAGAGUGUGUGAGUUUUUUAGCAUCUUUCAUCUUCCAGGCUGUGGUGGCACUACACUAGCCAUGCAUGUUCUUUGGACACUCAAGGAUAAAUUCCGUUGUGCAGUGUUAAAAGACACAACAGAUGAUUAUUCUUCCAUAGCUGAACGGGUAGUGCAGCUACUGACAUAUGAGACAAAAGAGAAACCUAAAAGACUUCCCGUUUUGCUCAUGAUCGAUGAUUUCCAGGACAUUUCUGAUGUAAAAAAACUCCAACUUCAGAUUGAGGAGGAAUGGUUAGAACAAAACAUUUUUUCAACGUCUCCACAGGUCAUAAUUGUCAACUGCAUGAGAGCUGAAUCCAGUGAACAGACUGAUGAUGCAGUUUUCAUUGGAAACAAUUUAUCUAAGAAGGAACAGGAACUGUUUGAGGAAAAGCUAAAGGAGUUUAAAAAGACCAACACAAACACUAAAACAUUUUAUGGCUUCAUGAUUCUGAAGAAUAACUUUUUACCUAAGUAUAUUCAGGGCGUUGUGAAAAAUACACUGAAGGGUUUCAACUCCAAAGACAAACAUGCUCAACUUUUUGCUGUUCUUGUCCUCUUGCAUGUCUACUGCAAGAAUGCAGUGCUGUCAGUCUCUACAUGUGAAGAGUUUCUUGGUCUACAAACAAAAGCAGACUCUAAAUCCCGCAAGGUUGAAGAUGGGUUUGAGAACUUUUCCACUCUUUUGAUAAGAUGCACAGUCAUUUCUAAAGUUAGCUUUCAGGGUGUGACUGUGAUCCACUCAAGUAUAGCUCAACAAUGUUUGAAAGAACUUUCAGCUUCUCAUCGAGUGACAAAAGCAGACAUCACUAAUCUUCUGCUCACAAAAGACUUAUUAUAUGAGUACACUCUGGGGAAACAAAAAUUGUUGCAGGAUGUUCACAACAUGCUGGUGAGGAGGCAAUAUUCAGUUGAAAUUGAAGACUCACUUUUUGCUCCUCUUGUCCAAGAUAUAAUGAAAGAGAAACCAGGGAUGGAAGAGACUGUUCUAUGCAAUGCAGCAAAAUGUUAUAGAAAGGAUGCAAUAAUAUUCCAGCUCCUUGCAAGGUACUAUUACAUCAAAAAACAAGACUUUACUAUGGCCAUGGAUUGGGCAAAGAAAGCCAAAGACCUUUCAAGGGAGAGCUCAUAUGUAUGUGAUACAGUGUCACAGGUACUUGUACGAAAGCUCAAGCAUGCUUUUCGUGAAGACAAAGAUGAUCCCAUUCAGCCUGUAAAUCUUGAAAAAUAUCUUACAUUGGCUGAGUCUGCAGCAGAAGCUUGCAAAGAAACUCAACAAACUGCAAACAAAGAGGCCAUGACUCGAUUGCAAAGACAGAAUGAUUAUAGUAUUUACAACACUGCUGGCCAUCUUGGUGAACUUCAAAUUGCAGCUACAGUCAUAGAAAUACUGCAGAAGAUACCACCAUAUAAAUCACAUUCGGAGCUGGAGGGACCUGACACCAAACAAUUAUCAGGGCCAGAAGAGGAGUCUGGGAAUGAAUCAUAUUUCCAUGUAAUGGAGAAGCAUGUAAACUUUCUAAAUCAACUUAAAAAAACAAUGAAGCAACAUUUUGAUUUUCUUGACAACUUUUUUGUCAACUUAGUACCACUUUUUGCUGGGAAAGACAAACAAAAAGAAUCAAUAAAGCACAAGGUUUUCAAAUAUUUUCAACAGUAUACUGACCUCUUUUGUAAAACAAAUUGGAGUGAGCUAUACAAAAAGUCCAUGCACCCCACAGAAAAAAUCUUGCAGACACGUGAAUGUCUGGAGAAGAACAAAGGUGAUUCCUAUACUGGACUUGUUGAAUAUUUAUAUGAGGAAGACUCUGCAUCAGCUCUUGAAGAGAUCAUCCAGCAGUAUGAUUACAUUCUGAAGUUCACAGAAGAGAACAAAGGAUUGAUAGACCUUACUAACUUUAUCUAUGCCAAUGUAGUUCUAGCCAACAUCAACCCUGAAUCUCAGUACAUCAUGCCCUACCAAGAACUUUGUAAAUUACUCCUUGAUAUAAUUGACCGCCCCAGAUCAUUCAGUGAGAUUCUGCCAUUGUACUACAUAACAGUUUUGUUAUUAUGGCAAGAGGCCAACCGUGACCUACCAACUUAUGUGUCACAAAUGAAGACAUUAUAUUUAAAUGAGCUGAAACCUUUGUAUAAUGGAAAGAGAGCAGCUGUCCAUUUUUACCUAGGCAGAGAAAAAGGUUAUGGUAGCCUGAUUUCCCAUAGGGAUAUUAACAGUUGUUUAGAAUCAGGGCAGGACAUUUCAACUCAGUGGGAUGAUGAAAAAAUCUGGAAGCAAGUGAGAGACAGUAAGAAACUUUGCAGAGUUUCUGGUGAAAUUCGCAACAAUUUUAUCUGGGUUGCAGAUGUGAAGUUUAUGGUUGAUCCAAUGUUCAGAAGCCAGUUACGUAAAGAAUCUGGCACAAGAGUGACUUUUUUUAUUGGAUUCUCGAUGAAUGGACCAGUUGCACUUGAUAUACUUUGA